AUGACCGAUUUUGGCCCUCGUGCUCCUCACGGCCCCGAUAUGUCGGGGACCCAUGAUCCUCUCGAGGACAUGGAUAUCAACGAGAAGGGCGCCUUCGACGCUCUGAUUCGCCCCGACGACAGCUACACCCCCGAUGGCACGUACUGGGCCGAUCUCAACAUCUUCCGCCGGAUCAAGUUCGUCAGCUCCUACGACGCUAAAGAGGCCAAGCGUGAGCUGGGCAGCAUCUGGGAGAUGACCAAGAAGGAUCCUCUUUCCCCAGUCUCUUAUUAUUUCCGAAACAUGGUCCUUCCCGGUGCUGGUCUGGGUCUGGAAGGCUACGUGCUCUUCUCCAUUGGAAACCUCAAGCCCCUUUUCCAAGCCGCCUUCCCCGCCUGCUGGAAAAAGAACGAAAUCUGCAAUGUUCAGUGGAUUCACGCCGUCGAUUACCUCGAAAUCGUCGGUAUCAUCGUCGGUCAGAUAUUGGUUGGAGUUCUGGGUGACUGGAUUGGUCGUCGUUGGGGUUUGAUCCAGGAUGCUACCAUCAUGUUUAUCGGUCUGCUGAUGCUUACCGCCGCUUGGGGUGUGACCCAGAAUGGCUGGGUCGUCUGUUACGCUUGGUCCCUGUUUUUCUACGGUAUCGGUGUUGGUGGUGAAUACCCUAUGACCGCCACUAGCGGUAUGGAGAAACGCCGUUGGUCGGAGUUCAUCAAGGUCAUCAGCCCCGCCUCCGAGUCUAUCAUGCCCACCUGGCUCUGGAACCUGUGCAACGUCGGCGUUUCCUUGGCCGGUUACUACUGCGCCUCGUUCCUCAUUGACAACAAGCUUUAUGGCCGCAAGUGGAUGCAGAUGAUUGGUUUCCUCAUGGACUUCAUCCUUUUCAUCGUCCCUGCUUUCAACUUCGACUACUAUACUCAGCCGGAGCACAUCAAAGCCUUCCAGGCUAUGUAUUUCCUGAGUUCCUUCUUCAACCAGUUCGGCCCCAACUCUGUGACUUUCUUGGUCGCCGCUGAGGUCUUCCCCACCCCGAUCCGUGCCACCGCUCAUGGUCUCUCCGCCGCGUGGGGCAAGGCCGGUGCUCUGUUGGCUUCCGUGCUCUACAACUACAUCGACACCCAGACCAAGUUCUACGUCGUGCCCUGGUUCGGUCUUGCGGGUAUGGUCCUCACCUUCAUCUUCCUUCCCGAUACCACUGGUCUGGACUUGAAGGAGCAGGAGCGUCGCUGGAUGUACAUCCGUGAGGGGCGUGAGCAUGAGUACCACGGCCCUGCUGUGCACCCGAAGCACCUGUCUCUCUGGGAACGCAUUCGCGGCAAGGCCAAGAACUACAACGCCGAGCUUGAUUACAAGCAGAAGGUCGAGGAGUAUCGUGCCGAGUGGGAGGCUGCAAUGUCCCGCCGCAUCGCCGAGAAUAACAAGGGCGAAGAGCUCGAACACGACACCGACGACAGUCUCCUGGAGGGCCACGUCCACGCUUACUUCCAUCGCACCAGCCCGAUGUUCCGUCCCAUGGAGCAGCAGAACGGCAAGGCGGAUAACUUCGCUUUGCCCCCUGCCGCUCAGGACGGCGACAGUGAUUCCUUCCCCAAUGAAAAAUCCGAACAUUGA